AUGGUUGUUCAGCAAGUACAAUUGGGAAAAGCUUACAAUGGCUUUCCUCUUUUGGUCAUUGCUCCUGUUUUGGUUCAAAUCCUAUCAGAUCAAAUCCCUGAUGUUAUUGGAGAGUGGUCAUCCAAGCAAAAGAAAAGAAAGGAACCUUGCGGGAACCUUGCCAUUUCUAUUAAGUCAGCCAUUUUUUCAUGGGAAGAUAGUUCAUCAAAGCCAACACUAAGAAAUGUAAAUUUGGAGAUUAGACCUGGCGAAAAGGUGGCUGUGUGUGGAGAAGUUGGCUCUGGCAAAUCAACACUUUUAGCAGCAAUUCUUGGAGAAGUUCCUAAUACACAGGGAAGUAUUCAAGUUAGAGGAAGGAUUGCCUAUGUCUCUCAAGUGGCUUGGAUCCAGACCGGAACAAUACAAGACAACAUUUUAUUUGGAUCAGCCAUGGAUAGCCACCGGUACCAAGACACACUUGAGAGAUGCUCAUUAGUAAAGGAUCUUGAGUUGCUUCCUUAUGGCGACCUUACAGAAAUAGGAGAAAGAGGAGUAAACCUUAGUGGCGGACAAAAGCAGCGAAUUCAACUUGCUCGUGCUCUCUAUCAGGAUGCUGAUAUAUAUCUCUUGGAUGAUCCAUUUAGUGCUGUUGAUGCACAAACUGCUACGAGCUUAUUUAAUGAAUAUGUUAUGUGGGCACUUUCAAGGAAGACUGUCCUGCUUGUGACGCAUCAAGUGGAUUUUCUGCCAGCAUUUGAUUCAGUUUUGUUGAUGUCAGAUGGAGAAAUCCUGCAAGCAGCUCCUUAUCAUCAGCUAUUGGCCUCAAGCCAAGAAUUUCAAGACCUUGUCAAUGCUCAUAAAGAGACAGCUGGUUCUCAGAGGCUUGCUGAGAUUAGUACUCCACAGAAAAAAGGAUCAUCUGAUGUGGAGAUCAAGAAGACAUAUGUAGAGAAGCAACUUGAAGUAUCUAAAGGAGACCAAUUGAUCAAACAAGAAGAGAAAGAAGUAGGGGACACAGGAUUUAAGCCUUACAUUCAGUAUCUGAAACAGAACAAAGGAUACUUGUACUUCUCCCUGGCUGCUCUUGGUCACCUUACGUUUGUGAUUGGACAGAUAUCACAGAAUUCUUGGAUGGCAGCUAAUGUUGACAAGCCUCACGUCAGUCCAUUGCGGUUGAUUGCAGUCUACCUGAUUAUUGGAUUUUCUUCAACACUGGUUUUGCUAUGUAGAUCUCUGGCAACAGUUGUUUUGGGUCUUGAAUCAUCAAAGUCUAUUUUUUCACAACUAUUAAAUUCCCUAUUCCGCGCACCUAUGGCUUUUUAUGACUCCACACCACUUGGAAGAAUACUUAGUCGGGUGUCAUCUGAUCUAAGUAUUGUUGAUCUUGAUGUUCCAUUCACUCUAAUCUCUGCUGUGGCGGUUACUACAAAUGUUUAUGCUAAUCUUGGAGUACUGGCUGUUGUUUCCUGGCAAGUCCUGUUUGUCUCCAUACCAAUGAUUCAUCUGGCAAUUCGUUUACAGAGGUAUUACUUUGCUUCUGCAAAAGAGUUGAUGAGGAUCAAUGGUACAACCAAGUCUUUGGUGGCAAAUCAUUUGGCGGAGUCUGUGGCAGGUGCUAUGACAAUAAGGGCUUUUGAGGAGGAAAAUCGAUUCUUUGCAAAGAAUCUUGACCUCAUUGACACAAAUGCUAGUCCUUUCUUCCACAGUUUUGCAGCAAAUGAGUGGUUAAUUCAACGGUUGGAAAUGUUCAGUGCAACUGUUGUUGCCUCUGCAGCACUCUGCAUGGUUUUGCUUCCUCCUGGAACUUUUAGCUCUGGUGAGCAGAUAAACUUUCUUCACUAGAAUUUGCUUGGCUCA